UACCGUCUACAUAGAAUACUUUUCUAUCAAAUAGGCAUGACGACAGAGAAAAUGCCUACAGACGCCCAGACUAAGACGAAGAAGCAGCAACCGGAAUCGACGGAAGCCAAAUCCGGCGCAGAAACUGGGACGGAUCAGUCGUCCAAUACCUCUCAGCCACAGAAACCACAGAAGUCGCGACACAGAGCAUCAGUUGCUUGUGCUUCCUGUCGAGAUCGCAGGAUACGUUGUGUCGUACCCUCGGGGGAGAAAGAAUGUACACAGUGUAAGCGAUCUGGAGUGGAGUGCAUCAUCAAAAAUGAUGACGAGCGGAGACGUCCCAUUUCCCGAGCAUACAUGUGCUCAUUGACAGACCGAGUAGCACUUCUCGAAAGCAUGCUAGAGGAACAAGGUGUGGAAGCGCCACCACCUAACCAUCCUCCCCAAACUCGACACACGCAACAAGAGGCCGGAGCAUCGCCCAGAGCAUCGCCCAGCCGCAAGAACCAGGAUUCCCAACAACCACAACAAGAAUAUAGCCCUGGAAGCCAGCAAAGUGCGCAAGACGAAUACGAACACACCGAUUCCAACGAGCACGAUGGCGGUAGCUACCAGGGCGAGCCGGAGAACGCUGGGUCUCCAUCCAUGCUUCCCCCACCGAAGAAGGAAGGUAUGGUGAGCAGAUUAUUAUCCACACGAGGUCAUCUCAGCUUCGACCAGCUAAGCGGUCGUCUACGAUACUUUGGUCCCACCACGAAUUGCCAUGUCCACUCCGAGCUUGGAAAUCCUCUGGAUAGCGAGCAGCUGCUUUCAGAACAAGCUAGACGAGCUGAAAAGAUUAUACGCUCAUUAUCACUCGAGACAUACGACUAUCUUAUGGAUCUCUUUUGGCAGUGCUACAAUCCUGUUAUACAUGUCUUACACCAGGAAGCUUUCAACGAAGAUAGGGAGGCUGGAAGAAGUCAGUUUUACAGUGGGUUUUUACAUGUCUGUGUCCUAGCUAUGGGAUUCCGCUUUGCAGAUAAAUCCCGGCCUGAUGUCAAAAAGUUGUCUCUACCUCAGAUGGAGAGUACAUUGCAUAGAGAAGCAAAGUACAUGCUUGAUCACGAACUCGAAAGACCUGGUGGGAUACCUUCUGUUGUAGCCAUGCUAUUGUUGGGAGAUUUGGAAUGCGGUGUUGGUCGCGACAACCUGGGAUGGCUAUAUGGUGGUCUAGCAGUCAGAUUGGCGUUCGAUAUCGGUCUGCAUCUCGACACGCGCCUUUCUGGUCUAGCGGAACGAGAAGUAGAGAUUCGUCAGAUGACACUUUGGGCUUGUGUAAUUUAUGACAAAUACUGGGCAUUAUUCCUUGGACGGCCCACGAGCAUGAAGAGUGCGGAUCUCGAGAUUUACCACUUGUCGAAGAAGUUCGAGCGCUUAGGUACAUGUAAACCAGCUGGCCCCGAGAAGAGCCUAGAAACAACAAUCUACGAAGCGCUCCUAGAUCUGAUGGAACUUGCCGGAAAAAUUACAGAAAAUAUGGAUCCACGUUCCCAGUCUCCAGAGUCAGUUGUUGAUCGCGACCAGUAUCUUCGUAUGGCAGCGCUCGACCGUGAAUUCAGUACCUGGUACGCUCGACUUCCAGAGCCUCUAAAGUGGACGCCAACGAAUAUUGCCAACGGGCCUUUCUCAUUCUUCUUGCUUCAUCAACAAUAUCAUAGCAGUCUAAUACUGCUACAUCGACCCUUUGCAUUGUACGAAGAUCAACCCUCACAGGGUCAAGAAAAUGGCGGCAAUGGUCCGGAUGAUCACUUUUCGGCGCUUUCCCGCACAGUGUGCACGAAACACGCCAUCCGUGUGGCGAAGGUCUUCUGGCAGCAUCGCCAGCGGUUCGACACGAAACAGAUCUUUGUUACUGGGUUACAGCACGCGGGCACAGCAGCAACCGCUCUCGUAGCGGCCUUAGCCUUCAUCAAAGAUCCCAACGACCGCAACAACAACAUGCAAUACCUCGAAUGUCUAUCUGCCGCUCUCACCGAUAUGGGUCAAACAUACCAGCCCGCAGAACGCAUGUCAGUUGUACUGCGCGCCGUCAUGGUCGAACUUCGCGGCGGCAUCCCCAGCGCAAGCACCACAACCUCCAAACUCUACAAACCGAAUACCGCCAUCGUUCCCGCACGCCGCGGCUCUACCACCGACGAAAUCGACACCCCCCUGUAUAAGAAACGCCAAACCAGCCGUCCGCGAGCAGGAACAGGCGCUAGAAAACCCCGCAGUAUGAGCAUGGCGAGUAACGCCGCGACGAACAUCGACCUCACCGUCAAACCACCGCUGCAAACUCCGCGUUUCGACACCGACGCAGAUCGCUCAGAUGGAUUUAUCCUCGUAACCCCUCGCUCGGAAAUCUCAUCCUGGCAUCCCUUCUCCGACAACACAUCUGCCAUUGACCCCAACCUCUCCACACCUGCAUCAAACACUAACAACAGCUUGCUUUCUUCGGCUACCCAACAGCGCAAUGCGUGGAUGGGCGCCGAUCUCGAUUCCUCGGAUUCGAUUUCGCAGCUCGCGAAUGUGCAUUUUCCUGAGAUUCCGGCGCUGACGGGGGAUGUGGGAGAUAUGUCGCAUCUCGAUUUUAUGAGUUUAGGGGAUGGUGGGGACUGGGGGGCUGAGUGGCAGCAGGAAGGGGGUGGAGUUGGGGUGGGGAGUGACUUGGAUGGGUUUCCGCCGCAAGGGGGGUUUGGGAUGGCUUUUGGGAGCUUGUAGGGUCGAGGUGGGGGUACAUUAACGAAUUUUACGUAUCAUGUGAAGAAGGAGUGGAACAUUCUGUCUAAAUAGGGGGUUUUUCUUUUGGUUUUUGGGCGUUCUUGGGCGGACUUUUGCUUGGUUGUGCUCUGUAUCUAUGUGCAGUUAUGGAAACUUAGCCUUGGCCGUGACAAUCAACAAAGGCUUCUUUCAUCUAAACGAGCGUCUCUUCAGACGAAUUUCGCAC